AUGGCAGCAUUAUUCAAGAAAGCUUUGGUUGAUUGCCUUGGUCCUAAAAAGGUGUCUGUGGUAACCAAUAAAGAGUCCAGUGUAUAUGACUGCUAUACUCUUUAUUGGUUGCCGCUGGAUGAAAGGAUGUGGUCAGGUGAACUUGAAUUUCGAUUCAUAGAAAACUGGGCCGAGGAUGUGGAAAUCAAUUUCACUAAAGAUUUCGGGGAAGGAGGGAUUGAUAUUAACAACAACAAGAUUAGUAAAAAAUCUACCACUAGAACUUCUACAGUCAAGAAGUCUAGUAGUAGAAAAGAAAACUGGGAAAAUGAAUUAUAUCCAAAGGGUGUUAUCAAUUGCUAUGGGUCCUGGGAUGGGGAAUUGUUUUCCGAGGAAUUUAUUAAUUCUUUUGGGGAAUCUUGGGAGGGAGAUUUUUUCACUGAUUUGUUUAUGAAGUCUUUUGAGUUGCUAUGA